UCUAAAAUCAUCGCAUCCCAAAUCGGCCCAAAGGUUAUAUGGAUUUGGUUCGACAAGUUUUAUCGGCCCAGUUUAGCAAAACAUGCGGGAGAAGCGAACAGACUAGGAGGAAGCAAAGUUGGAUGAAUUUAGGUGGGUGAAAAAGGAUGUUGAAUGGCGAAGAGAUGGAUGACGGGAAGGAUCCCAUCGUGGAAAUUGCGGCUCAGUAUCGAGGAAUUGAGAUGGGGUUUCUGGGGAGAGGAUGUUAGCAGGAGAAGGAUCUAUCUGCUGUAGCUAUUUAAUCAAAGUUUCAUCCAUGGCAUCCGAUCAUAAAGGAAAAGCUGUCGUCCUUAUGGGUCCAAGUGGUGCUGGAAAGUCAACCAUAGGUGAGAUGCUCGGGAAAGCAAUGAAUGGUCACUUUCUUGAUGCAGAUGACUAUCACUCUCCUUCCAACAAAGAAAAGAUGCAGAACGGGAUCCCUUUGACAGAUGAAGAUCGCUUUCCCUGGCUCGAGACACUUCGGGAUGUCCUCCGAGCCAGCUUAACGAAGGGGCAACUAGCGGUUCUCGCUUGCUCUGCACUGCAAAAACACUACAGAGAAAUCCUCAGAUCUGCUGACCCGAGAUAUGAACAAGGCUCGCGGGCCUGUUCGGUGAAGUUUGUUCUGCUAGACGCAACCGCUGAUGUUCUUGGCGAACGCCUCAAGAAACGAGCAGCGGAAGGGAAACAUUUCAUGCCCGCAAAGCUCUUGCAAUCUCAGCUGGAUUUGCUUCAGAUAGAUGAAUCAGAAGGCGUAUUUAAGAUCGACGCAACUCUUGAUCCCCGGGAUAUUGUCAGCAAGAUACAAGCUUUCAUCAUCUGAUCACAUCUUGUGGCUUUCUAUAUCAGUGAUUGAUUCAGUUCUUAAGAGACACCAUUGAUGUCUUCUUAGAAAUUAUCAAACAU